AUGUCCGCGCAGCUAGACGUGUGUGGGCAACCCCCCCUCAACACCCGCAUAGUGGGGGGAGAGGACGCCCCUGCGGGGGCGUGGCCAUGGCAGGCCAGCUUUCACCGCAACGACCGCCACUUCUGCGGGGGGUCCCUCAUCAACAAGGACUGGGUGAUGUCAGCCGCACACUGCUUCUCAAGCACCAACCCCUCCGGCCUGGUCGUCUACCUGGGGCGGCAGAAUCAGCAGGGCAGCAACUCCAACGAGGUUUCCAGGACCGUCUCUCAGAUCAUCAGACAUCCCGAUUACAACAGCGUGACCAGCGAUAAUGACGUCUCCCUCCUCCGCCUCUCCUCCUCCGUCACCUUCACUAACUUCAUCCGCCCCAUCUGCCUGGCAGCAGCCGACAGCACCUUCAACUCUGGCACCACCAGCUGGGUGACAGGCUGGGACAAACCACAGAGUUUGUCCCUGCCCUUCCCUCAGACGCUGCAGGAGGUGGAUGUUCCAGUGGUGGGGAACUCAGACUGCCAGAGGGCCUACUCCUCUAACUCCAUCAGCAUCACCAACAACAUGGUGUGUGCUGGACUACUGGGGCAGGGAGGCAAGGACUCCUGCCAGGGCGAUUCUGGCGGUCCGCUGGUGAGUAAGCAGGGUUCCGUGUGGGUCCAGGCGGGUGUCGUGAGCUUCGGUAUCGGCUGCGCCCUGGCCGAGUUCCCAGGAGUGUAUGCACGCGUCUCUCAGUACCAGAGCUGGAUCAACACCAGGAUCACCAGCGACCAGCCGGGCUUCGUCACCUUCACCAGCGGAAACACCAGCAGCAGCAGCGGGGCCCCCAGCCCCCCCACACGCCUCCUCAGGGGCCUCCUCUCCCUCUCCCUCUCCCUGCUCCCCCUCCUCAUCUCCGCCUGCCUGCUCUCCUGA